GUGAUUUAUUUUUUCGCAAUUUUUAAAGCUUUCUUUACCGUGGCGAAUAAGGUUUUAAUUUUAUUUUCGAUUCAUUGCUCAUCGGAAAGUGUUUCGUUGAUUGCGGGAGGAAGCAACACCGAAGAGAACGAAAACUGUCGCCAAGGUAAAACACUCUCUUUAUCGGCGAAUUCGAUCCGGUUUUGUGGUUUUGCGGAGAAUCGUGAAAGGUGCUGACUGGUCUUAUUUCGUUGUUGCUUUCCUUGUUAUUUUUUUGCUAGCAUCCAGCUUUACGACCGAACAGUGUUUGAGAAACGAAAUCCUCUUUACAAUAUUAGCUUGCAAAUGAUCUGAUUUGGCUGUGUGCGAAAAAAAUAUAAUAAAAGUGUUGGAAAAAUUGUACACAAAAAGUUAAAAAUACCGCAGCCCAUUCCUCGAACGCGAACGAGACACGGUCACGUUCAACGAGCGAAAAUAAUAAUAACGUUGAAGUGAAUAGCAGGCAGCCACUGUUGGGACAGACAGAGGACAGAGAGCACACAAACGGCCCCAAAUCAUGACGACCACCCGGGAGAGGCGAGAGGAGUACCACUCCAACGUGGUUCGCACACUGACCCCAUCCGGACCACACACGCCGGGAACGCACACAAUGGAGUUUGAUAGCAAUUUAGAUAAUCUCCUGGAAGACCUGCAGGCCAGUGUAUCCCGCCCUGGCAGUUCAUUAGGGCAACCCCUCGCCGGAGGCUACUCGACAACGACCCGUGAAGUGCAAUACCUGCAGCCAGCCAAUGUUACCACCGUGGCCCGGGAGCGCUCCAUCAGUCCCAGCUUCCAAACGAACGACCGCAAGGUAUACAAAACGGCAAAGUACGAAUACAAGAGCAGUAGCACCUCUGGCAGCGGCGGCGGUACCGGCACCGGGGGAGCACCCACGGCAGGCACCGAAGGGGUCAGCGAGGUUUACCAGCGCAACAUUAAUCAACUCGACACUCUGCUAAACGACCUGGAACGGGAGCGAGAUUCGUCGUUGGAUCGCAGCCAACGAAGCCUCCAUCGGGUUGAUUCAGGAUUAAAUGAACCUGGAACGAAAAUCAUCAAAACCACCACCACAUACUCAUCGGCCGGUGGUAAGCAACCGGUCUCCCGGGAGCUGGUCUUCGAUUCCCCUGGGAGCUACGAAGUCCGUCAGUCUCGUUCCCGGCAGCGAAGUCCAUCGUACGAGAAUGCUCCCACCACAGUGAAGAACGUUUCCUACAGCUCCGACAGCAGCGGAAUCUACGGAGGUAUCAACCGAUCCCGCACGGCAACACCCGUCCGAUCCGAACAGUAUUACACCGAAACGAGAACCGUUUCACCAAACUCGGACCAUGUCCCGCGGAAUGUUCACUACAACGAAACGGUCAGUGUGGACACGGCUCCGGCUGCCAAGGCACUGGCCAAUAUUUCCCUCUCGGAAGGCAUUCUGCCGCGGCCGAAUACGAAGGUGACCACCACCGUACGCACCUAUACAUAUGAACUUCCGCCGGACAGUGAGUUGAAUCAGACCUUAUCAUAUCGCAACGAAUCGUUCAAUCAAACUGCUAACACCUUGCCGGUAGCUUACCCAGAGCGUGAGUUAUCACCAACGCAUCACGUCAAUCCAAGCUCCAAGACAGUCUUGGUCAAGAAUGAAACAAUCAACUCAUCCAACAACGUUCAAGAAUACCCGGUACCAACAAUUCUCGAUCACCAGUUGCCACCUAAUACGGCCAAAACAAUCUACUACAAGAAAGAUACCAAGCAGUCAACUACCAACUACUAUCCCGAGUAUCCCUCCGGACCAGGACCUCAUCCAACUAAUUUCAAGGCCAUUGGAGCUCCACCAGCCGGUGACCAACCUCCCUACCCGCCAGGACCGAACACCUACAUCUACCGCGAGGAACGUACCAACACUGCAAACAAUCGAUACGGAUCCCCAGUUCCGUACGGGGACUACCCGGAUCGCAAUGGAACGUACCCAAGGGAUCCCCCCCAGCCAACAACAGUGACGUACAAAUACAGUUCGACUACCAGCAAUGCCUCCAGGAACAUCUACCCUCCGCCGUCAGAGCGAGAACCACUGCUGCAGCCAUUCCCGACGGACGGUAUCCCACAGAGCGAGAUCGAUGGAAAUCCCCCCAAACGGGUUGAAGAUCUGAUGGCCACGCUUGGAGAGAACGGUCAAAUUACCUACACGUCGAAGCACACUCACCAUACCGAAAAUGGAACUGGACCGAAAAAGUACCGGGAGCCAUCGCCACCGAAGGUAACCAUAGUGGAAGAACCGCUGGAUAGCAAAAAUGUCCCCAUUUCAUCGAAGAAUGUGGCUGGACCUCCGGUCUACUAUCCUCCCGGACAUGAAAUGUUUGCGAAGAAGGAAAGCGAAGCUGCAGCGUGGCGAGCUCAGGGCGAAUAUGCCAAGGCCAGUGGAAAGUACAUGUACGAAGCGGAGAGCAAAUCCAAGACCACAUCCAAGUCCGGAGCAGCCGUCGUGCCAGUUUGUCUUCCACUGUGUUGUGCCAUGCCUUGUAGCAUUAUGUGAGGAAGCUAACGAUGUUUGUCUGAAAAUUUUCUUGAAAAUGCAACUAGCUAUAAGACGAAGUUAAACCCGUAGGAGACCCGCAGUUUACUUAAAAACCAUUAACAAGACAGUUAACACUUUGUAUUUGGGGAACAACGACGGAAAAUGUGCCAUUGUCAAUUUUAAUCUUUUGGAAUAAACCUAACAGCUCUGAGGAGAUCACAAAAGCCUAGCAAUCGUUUAAGACUCUUUGUUAUAUCUCUGCAAAUAAAAGCAAUUUAAAUGUGAAUGGCAAAUGGUAAAUUUGUUCGAAGGUAAAGAUUUUAAUGCUUAAAGUGUCAUAAAACCGCAGUGCCAAUUAACGAUAUUAUUUUGUUGUUAUUGUAUUCACUCUAAUUCAAGAUGCAAAUAAAACCGUCAAACGAAUAA